CCCCGGCGGUUGCGCGCUCCGCCCUUUCCCUCCGCGCCCGCGCGCGCCUUCCCCGCUCCGCCCGCCUCACUCGUUUCGGGGCGGUUGGGCCGCGCGCCUGUGGGGGCGGGGCCCGGAGCAGGCGACCGAGCCAAUGGGGCGCGGCGGCGGCUGCGGUGGCGGCGGCGGCGGCGGCUGGGUCGGGCCCCGACGGGCGGCGGCGGCUGAGGUGGAGGCGGAGGGAGGCGGCGGCGGCGGCGGCGGCGGCGGCGGAGGGGCGAAGAUGGCGGCGCCCGUCCUGCUGAGAGUGUCGGUGCCGCGGUGGGAGCGGGUGGCCCGGUACGCCGUGUGCGCCGCUGGGAUCCUGCUCUCCAUCUACGCCUACCACGUGGAGCGGGAGAAGGAGCGGGACCCCGAGCACCGGGCCCUCUGCGACCUGGGGCCAUGGGUGAAGUGCUCCGCCGCCCUUGCCUCCAGAUGGGGUCGAGGAUUUGGUCUUUUGGGUUCCAUUUUUGGAAAGGAUGGUGUAUUAAACCAGCCAAACAGUGUCUUUGGACUUAUAUUUUAUAUACUACAGUUAUUACUUGGCAUGACAGCAAGUGCCGUCGCAGCUUUGAUCCUCAUGACGUCCUCCAUCAUGUCGGUCGUGGGGUCCCUGUACCUGGCCUACAUUCUGUACUUUGUGCUGAAGGAGUUCUGCAUCAUCUGUGUCAUCACGUACGUGCUGAACUUCAUUCUUCUCAUUAUCAACUACAAACGACUAGUUUACUUGAACGAGGCUUGGAAACGGCAGCUGCAGCCCAAGCAGGACUGACCUCCACAGACUCUUCCCUAACAGUCUCAAGUCCCUUUUCCAUUAAGUUUAUUUUGCAGCAGUUUUUUUUUUUUUUUUUUUAAAUUCUUCACAACAGACGCUUUCCCUAAGAAUCUUAAACUGGUUUUUAAAAAUCCUAUAAAUUAGAAGGGGCCCUCGCUAUUUUUUGUGUCAAUCUUCAUUUUAAAUAUGGAUACAAAAAGGAUACGCCAAGCCAAUCAAAGACAAGCUUUAACUUUACUUUGAAGAUGUUUUUGAAAUGAUAAAAUGUAGCCCUAGCCCCCUUCCCUCAAUUGUAAAGUGAGCAACCAUUGCUAGUAAUUCCUUAAAGUGUAUAAAUUCAAUUUCAGGUAUAACAAAUGUGAUCAUGACAUGAAAAUAUUUUAGAAUAGAUACUGUAUUAAAUAUUGCCAUGUUUACAAUAUGUAAUAUGUUUUUAGCCGAUGGAUUUAAACAUGUAGAUUCAACUAGAAUCCAUUUAUGUGAUAUUUGUAAAUAAAAGUAGAAAUAUUGGAUCCAUCCCUGCAGAACUUACUGUGCAGUUUAGUUGGAGUUAGCACUGAAGAACUGUCAGCUCGGCGUGGACUGAGGAGGUAGUGAGAAUAGCCCAUACACAGCAUCUUGAGAAAAGUGCUGGCAGCCGUGGGUGCAGCAUCGAUUGCAAAAAUUACAGGGCGAAAAAAAAAAAUAGGGUGGUUGGUUCCCUUUCAUCUCCCACUUUCUAAAAGGAAGAAAUUGAAUUGGAACGUUCAAGUCAGAUUUGUGUCUGGUUGUAAAACUGGACCAAUUGUUAACCUUACAGAGUAAGUCCGAGGCCUGGAGGACACUAGGAUGGGAAGAUGGGUAUUUUUCUUUGGAGAAAAGCUGGAAAUAUAAACAUGGCAUUUUUAGGUAAACUUUCUUCCACCAGUUGAAUUUUCACAGAUAUUUUUCCUUAAUACUGGUGCCAGUCAACCAAACAGUAUUGUGAUGGAAAUGACCAGUGUAAGCCCUAUCACUCCAGAGUGGGAGCCAGUGUUCUUGCUAAUUGUUUCUCUCUGCACUAACCACUUGGAUGUCUAAUUUUUUUUGGAGUGAAAUCCUGGAUUUGUGACCUUCAGGGCUGACAUGCUGCGCAGUCUGCUUCAUCGGGGGACAGCAACAGGUAGACACAUCUCAAGGCGAAAUACAGUCAUGUCGCCACUGCUCUCAUAACGACACACAUGCAGUAAGAAGAGUUUGGAAAGGGGAUUCGAGUAAGCCCAAAUGACAAUGUGACAGGACGUUUCUGUGGUUAACAUCUGAUGUCAGAAUGUUAAAAGUGCCUUCUGUCUUAAAUCUCAAACCAAAUAUUUUGUGUGUUGACCUUGGGCAGAAGUGUCCUUCCUUCCUUUCUUUGCCGACAGGUAGAAAACCCGCACUCUGCAGAAGGGUCCUGUGUGAUCAUUUGACUCCUCUGGUUGAGAAGCAGCAGCAAUGUUUUUGCUUCUGAUUUGAUUAAUCGUUUUAUGUUAAAAAUAGUCAAUGAGGCUGGUACCUCUUGAGUGCUUUAUUUGCCUUCUCUUUGAAGGGAGGGAACAGACUCUGUUCUGUGAACUAAAAUGUGUAGAGUCAGCAACAAUUCAGUAGUUUCCAACUAUUAAUGGACGCAACAUAGGUCUUUUAGCCCAAGGCAAGUAUCAAGUCCAAAUUGUAAUGAACUUUUCACCAGUUUUAACCAGUUUCUUAAAAGAUAGCUUAACUCAAGAUUUCAUCAAGGCUUGUGUUUUCCCAUGAAUGUGAAUCUUUCAGUGGCCGUUUUAGUCUGUAUGUACUAUUGUGUUCUGAAGUAGUGGAAGAACUCUAGAAAGCACUGAUUGGCUGUCUGGUGUCUGUGGAGAAGGAAGUCUCGCGUUUGAGGACUGUGCUGGGCGGCCAUCUUGGGCGGCGCAUCCAGCUCCCCUAGGGCAGUCCCCUGGUUCUUUCUUCUAAGCUACGGUGGAAGUGGCUUCAUGGUUAAAACUGUGGUAUACGUUACACCAGUUACACUAAACAAGUUCCUCGCAUCCCAAUAUCCAAUGGUUUUUCAUCCUAGUUUGUAUCAAUCAGCAAAGUAUAGUUAAAGCUUGGCUUGAUAUUGCAUUCUUGCAAAUGCCUUCAACUCUUACCUGAGAAAACAGAAAAAUGGUCAGCCAGACCCUUCCAGUUUUUUCUUUGCUUUCCUAAACCUUGGGGAAACCACUAUUUCAGUUGUAUAAAAGUUUUUGCCACA